AGAGAGUGAAUACUGUCUCACUCCCAACAAGAAGAUAGAGGAAAAAUCCCUUGUUGGCUUUGCAGUGCUGCUUGCUGUUUGAGGAGUUUCAGUUCGGCCGGGAGAUGUGGAGAGUCUCGGUGGCAGGGGGACAGACCUUGAGCUCUGCAGGCAUCAGGCUGACGGAGAGACCCUGAGCCCACCUCCUCCCAAUGCCUCCUCUCCUCCGGGACUCGGAGUUUUCUGAAGUUUCCCUUUUUUUUCCCCUGUCUCUCUCUUCCCCCUCCUUUCUCUGCCUGCCUUGCUGUCUCUCUCUCUCCGUCUCAGGUUUGCUUUCUGAGCAGACACACACACAUGUGUGUGUAAGGGAUCUACAGCUUUGCUGAAACCUCUCCCCCCCGUUGCUUCAUUUCAAUGGGAUUGACAGAGCGAGCACUUGCUGAGUCCGCUCCCUAUUCAGGAGACCAGGCGGCAUCACUGUGGAUUUGCACUCUCCCCCCCACGCCGUUUGGUUUCAACUCUCCACGUUUCCAGCAAGCAAAUGGAGUGAAGCGGCCGGAUGCCUCUUAUCUCUUCUCCCCCAUGGGACUCCGGAACAAAAUGAAGUAACGGAAUGGAGACACCAAUUGCACUGGAUACCAACAGCAAGACUGUUGCUACCUUUGGGGGGAGAGCCCUCAUUCUUUGUGCUGUGCUAUGUUGUACUUGCUACCUGGGACUUGCACAAGUACUGCCUGAAGAUGUGGACAUUCUCCAAAGGCUGGGCCUUAUCGGGAAAAAAUCACAAACACUGGCGUCGCCAUCUUCCACGACAUCCCGCUCCGUUCCUCAGGGGGUCAUUCCUUUUAAACUGGGCGUCAUCCUCACGCAGAGAGCUCGCAUCAAGGCACCUGUAGCGGCUGUGAUCCCCACCUCGUACGGCACCAACCUCACCCUGGUCUUGAGCCUGUGCUCCCAUCGCGUCAACAAUGCUUUUUUAUUUACCAUCAGGAACAAGAGAAAGAAGCUGCAGCUCGGCGUGCAGUUCAUACCGGGCAAAAUCAUUGUGUACCUGGGGCACAAGCAGUCUGUCUAUUUCGAUUACGAUGUCCACGACGGCCAGUGGCAUGACAUGGCCAUCAGCAUCAGGAGUCGAAAGGUUACUCUAUAUACUUCUUGUGGGAAGAAUCGCACUCAUGCAAAUUUGCAUUUCAAGAAAGAGGAUUCCUUAGACCCAGAAGGCUCCUUCCUCCUGGGGAAGCUGGACCAACACUCGGUGCAGUUUGAAGGCGCUGUCUGUCAAUUUGAUAUUUAUCCAUCUGCUAAGGCAGCUCAUAAUUAUUGCAAAUACAUCAAGAAACAGUGCAGGCAGGCUGAUGUCUACAGGCCGAACCUCCUCCCCCUCCUCCCCGUUUUACCACGCUUUCCCAAUUCCUCCACCGCAUCUCCUCCUCAGCUGAUGCUGUGGAAGAGGAGCAGACCUGAUGGCAGCUACGGUGAGAGCGUGGCUUUGACGCUCCCGGCUCCAACGUCGCCGAACCUCCACCCCUGGAUCGUCGGCCGGCCAGCUUUUGGCACCGCAGCCCCUCCCACCGCGUUCCCGGCCCGGGGGGCGACCGCCUCUCACCUGAAACCGGCGACCCCUACCGCCCUCCCCAGCGCCGAGUCGGCCCGGCUGGCCCCUCACACCACCAGCCUUGCCGCGGUGCCCACUCCGGUCAGAUCCGCGGGGAGGAACGGCACGGUGUCGGACAGCCGGCAAGGGCCGGUCAGCGAAGCCACACAGCAAGACUCCAAAAGGAGGGAAACGCCGAAUGGAAACGCCACAGCCCGUCUCACAGAGACCGUGCCAGCUGUAAAGAAGACCACACACCAACCCGGCAAGACCCAGAGGCCCACGUUGAAGGAAGGAUUGGGCAAGGAAACUGAGCCGAAACCAGCAACGACGCCAUCAUACCCCAGAGUUACCUAUAAUGUGGCGGUUGUUACACCUGCUGCCACAGAUGGAUACCAGACCUUUGGAAUGGAAAGCUUUACUGUUGACCCAAUGCUUCAAGGACUCCCAGGUAUAAAAGGGGACCCAGGACCAAUGGGUCCCCCAGGCCCUCCAGGGUUACCAGGUUCACCUGGAAAACGAGGACCUCGGGGACGCCAAGGACCACAUGGAAACCCGGGUCGCCCUGGACCUCCUGGUGUAAAGGGAAACAAAGGCGAGCCAGGAAUUUCUCCAGGGAAAGCACUCAAUGGACAAAAGGGUGAUGUGGGUCAACCUGGUGCUGUUGGACUCCCAGGGCCUCCAGGUAGAAAGGGCCAGAAAGGCUACCCUGGACCCCCGGGCCAUCCAGGAGACCCAGGGGUGCGUGGACCUGCUGGAAGUCGAGGUGCCAAAGGUUAUCGUGGCAGGCAGGGUUUACCGGGACCAAUGGGGAAGCCAGGACCGAAAGGGUAUCGGGGCUUCAUAGGCCCACGUGGAUUAAUGGGUCUCCCAGGAGCAGAUGGAAAGCAAGGAAUACCAGGAGAAGCAGGGAAGAGGGGCAAGAUGGGUAGGCCGGGAUUUCCCGGAAACUUUGGAGAGAGGGGAUCACCUGGUGUAGAUGGAAGUCCAGGAGAUUUGGGAGCCCCAGGACCUCCUGGUGUUCGUGGGUUGGUUGGGGAUAUGGGGCGUCUUGGGAAGAUGGGCUUGCCUGGACGGAGAGGACCAAAGGGGCUAAUUGGAAACCAUGGAGAACCAGGACUGAAAGGUGAUAAGGGUGAUGAGGGCAUUCCAGGAAUACCAGGAGAACCGGGUUUCCCUGGCGAUAAGGGUAACCCAGGGAUUCAGGGAAUGCCUGGAAUGAGGGGGAAACCUGGCAUCGUUGGCAAAAUUGGUGAAAAAGGUCCAGUUGGAAUACCAGGACCACCUGGUCUUGAGGGUUUCCCAGGAGACAUCGGUCUUCCAGGGCGAAAUGGUCCGGAAGGCCCAAAGGGAAAGCCAGGAGCACGAGGCCUACCUGGACCACAGGGUCUACCUGGUCAAGAGGGUGAUGAAGGUCGGACUGGACCACCAGGAGAGCCCGGCCCUGAGGGACGCCCUGGGAGAAGAGGAUUUCCUGGGAAACCAGGACCUGAUGGCCCAAAGGGUGAGCCCGGAGAUACUGGAAAGAUGGGAAAGGUCGGAGAACAGGGAGAGCCUGGAUUCAUGGGACCAAUCGGCGAACCUGGGAAAGUUGGAGAAAAGGGUGACCGUGGUGAAACGGGUCCUCCAGGACAACCAGGAGUUAAGGGGGCAAUGGGACAUCCUGGACCUCCUGGAGAGCUCGGACCUCCUGGACCAAAUGGACCGCCUGGUGCCAAAGGAGUUCGAGGAGCACCUGGAAUGAGAGGGGCAAAGGGCCGCAGGGGUGCACGAGGUUCUGAUGGUCUGACAGGGGAGCCCGGUCCAACAGGUACCAAGGGAUCUCCAGGGAAACCAGGCCGGCCUGGACCAGAUGGACAGAGGGGUAAAAGAGGGGAACCAGGGGAAACAGGAGCCACAGGCUUCCCGGGUAUUCCUGGACCUUCUGGUGCCCCAGGAGCUAAAGGAAUCACAGGAGAGCCAGGACCGCCCGGGCCCGAGGGGAUGAUUGGGCUGCUGGGGGAGAGGGGACCAAAGGGGAUUCCUGGCACAACUGGGGAACCUGGACUCCCAGGUGAACCUGGAGAGAAGGGUGCAAUUGGACAGCCGGGGGCCAGAGGUGAGCCGGGGCUCAUGGGCCAAAGGGGAGAGCCUGGUCUGGUGGGAGAUGAUGGACCUGUUGGAAUCGAUGGGCUCAAGGGUGACAAGGGAGAUCGAGGGGAAGAAGGAGAUAAAGGAGACAAGGGACCAGAGGGAAUGAAAGGAAAAGAAGGGCCACCAGGAGUACCAGGAAUGACAGGAGUUCAAGGACCUGAAGGAAAACCAGGGAAACCUGGAGAGAGAGGAAAGCCUGGCAGGAAGGGUGGUAAAGGCCAUCUGGGACAUCUAGGAGAGACUGGACCCCCAGGAGAUCAAGGACCUGAGGGGACCCAGGGGCCGAAGGGAUCUCGAGGGACACGAGGAUCUCUGGGCGCUCCAGGUCGCAUGGGGGCUCAGGGUGAGCCAGGAAUUGCAGGCUACGAGGGACAUAAAGGACCACCAGGCCCGAAAGGACCACCAGGCCCGAAAGGUGAAAAGGGUGAACAAGGGGAUGAUGGGAAGGUGGAAGGUCCUCCCGGGCCCCCUGGAGACAGGGGCCCUGUUGGCGAUCGAGGAAACAGAGGUGAACCUGGAGAUCCUGGUUACAUUGGCCAACGAGGGCUGGAUGGAGAGUGGGGGAAGCAGGGUCAGCAAGGUUUACCGGGUAACCCAGGACCUCCAGGCAAACCAGGUGUAAAAGGUUCAAAGGGUCAAGAGGGUCGCAAAGGAAAAGCAGGUCCCCAGGGCAUGCGAGGGAGUCCAGGCCCAGCAGGUCCUGUCGGUCCGCCCGGUUCGAGAGGUGUCAUUGGUCGACAAGGUCAAGAGGGUCCUCCAGGAUUGGACGGUGCUCCUGGAAUCAUUGGCAAACCAGGAAUUCAGGGAGAGCAAGGGGAUGACGGGAAUGUCGGGUUCGUCGGGAAACCCGGAGGCCGUGGCCGUGUUGGAGUCCCAGGAUUACCUGGAUCUCAGGGACCCCCUGGCUUUAAGGGAGAGAGAGGCCUGCAGGGCCAGAUAGGACCUCCUGGGAUUAAAGGAAUGGAAGGAGGAAUGGGCUUACCUGGGAAGAGAGGUGAUCUGGGUUCCAAAGGUCAACCGGGGGACCCUGGAGAAUCUGGUUUCCCCGGGCUGAUGGGAGUGUUUGGACCAAAGGGUCAUCCAGGUGAUGUUGGUUUUACUGGGAUCCAGGGCCCAAAAGGACCUCCAGGAUUAAUGGGCAAAAAAGGCAUCAUGGGUCCUUUUGGCAUGACAGGCCCCGUCGGGCAUCCAGGUCCAAAGGGGUAUAAAGGAAAUCAAGGUGAUACGGGACCACAAGGACCCAAGGGUCCUGUCGGCCCACGAGGACCUCCUGGACCACCGGGCCCUCCUGGAAUUCAAGUCACACUCAAACACGAGGAGCUAGACGCAGCUCUGCAAGCGUUGAUCGAAUCGAAAACUGCACUCAGGACCGAGAACUAUCAGAAUUCAGAUGUACCUUUGCUUGACCAGGGAGCGGAGAUCUUUAAGACCCUACACUACCUCAGUAAUCUUAUCCACAGCAUUAAGAAUCCGCUGGGAACCAGAGACAAUCCAGCUCGUGUUUGCCACGAUCUCAUGAACUGUGAGCAGAGAAUGAACGAUGGCACUUACUGGAUUGAUCCUAACCUCGGCUGCACCUCGGAUACAGUCGAAGUGAUUUGUAACUUCACGAGCGGUGGGCAGACCUGUCUCAAACCCAUCACCGUCUCCAAGUUGGAGUUUUCAGUGGGACGGGUCCAGAUGAACUUUUUACACCUGCUCAGCUCGGAGGCAGUACAACACAUCACCAUCCACUGCCUCAAUGUGCCAAUCUGGACAGAUGGGACUUCAAGCAAACCUUUCAAACAGGCCGUCAAGUUCAAAGCCUGGAAUGGGUUGGUGCUGGAGGCUGGAGGAGAGCUGGAACCCAAGGUGGUGGUAGACAACUGCCAGAUCAAAGAUGGACGAUGGCACCAGACACACUUCCUGUUUCACACCCAGGAUCCCAACCAGUUACCAAUAGUUGGUAUUUAUAAUUUACCACAACCGAAACCUGGACUACAUUACCAUCUUGAGGUUGGGCCUGUCUGCUUUCUCUGAGAUAGACCAUCUUUAACCCACAUCAGAGCCUAGUUAUCCUUUAUUGUGUGUUCAAAUAAAACUCAAGGAAUUGCUGACAAGUUGUGUGAAAUAUCACAUUACCCAUCAGAGAAGGCUGCCCAACGGCUUUUAUAAAACAGAAAAAAAAAGCGAUAAAGAGGACCUGUUUCCUUGGGGGAGAGUUUAGCCUAAAGCAACUAGAAUUGAAGAUUUUUCACCCUAAAGCCCAAGUGUGUGUAGGCUGUUAUCUUCAGAGGAAUGGGUCUAACCGGGCUGUGGAAGAUCCAUUUUGAAGAGAGAGAGAGGGAGAGGUGCGGGGGGUGGGAUUAAAAAAAGACAAAUUGAUUUGUAGUGGCUUAGCCAGCAUUCUCUUCAACAGUCCCAAAGUUCUGGGAUACUCAGAAAAGUUGAUUGCAUGUAGUCGAUGCAGCUGGUGACCUGCAUCGCCUAUUAAGCAAUCUCCAAAGUGCAAUAGUGAGGGGAGAAAGUAGAGGAACAGUCAAGAGUUGUCGAAAUUCCCUAAAUCUCUGACACUUCGUUCGAGGUGUGAACUGAUUCCAACGUUUUGCUCUCAGCCACCAAACGCCUGAACUAAUUGGUCAGACCCAGGCGUGGGGUAACCAAGUGAUAAAGGACAUUAUGUAUGAGGUCCUAGUGAUUUUGACAUGGUGCUAGUGGAAUGAACUUCGUGGGGUGAUUUUUUUCUACCUCUCAUUGUCUGGAAUUGGUGCUCACAUUCUUGUGUUUUAGUGUUGUUAUUCACAUGUCGCUUUUGAAUCACUGGUGCUAUGUAAUUACCAUGGGGUUGGACUAGGGGGUGGGGGUGGGGGUAUGUCCAGGUUUGGAAGAAGACGGUGCGAAUGGGAGGGUCAAUGUUUAGAGAGGGUGGGCCGCCUCCCACUAACACCUGAAAAGGAAAACUAAAGUGCAACAGUAAUUGUAAACAUAAUCGAUAUCUAGAGUGCCUUUAAUAUUUGAAGAGAUUAUUUAAUUGUGCUGCAGAGAGGUUCCAAACCCGACUGUUCCUGAGUGACCAAUAUUUUCUUUCUCUAAAAAGAAAUGAAAGGAAGGGAGUUGAGAAAAUCGCUGAGAGUUUUUUUGCUGUUUUGUCGUUUGUUAUCUUUGUUUUACUCUAUCCUGAACGCUUUUGUACAAAGUUGCCCCGAAAGCUGUAAUUAAUAUUUAGAGAAGCUUUUAAUAAUUAAAGAAACCGGAGUCUUUCCUGAAACAAAGAUAGAUUUUGUUUUCAUCUAUCUCGGCUCACUGUGUACAAUGUUUCUGUUGUAUGCAGUGUGUCAGUAUUUUACAAUCUGAUAUUUAAUGUUAUUUAAAUAUUUUUAAAACUUUGGUUAAAGGAGGAACCAAUUGCCUGGUCCCAAUCACAGAUGUCUAUGUUUGAAAUAGACUGGUCCUUUGUGUGUAGGAGGUGUAAAGAAAUUGCUUCAACACCCAACUGGUUUUGGAGAAUAAUGCAGAGUUUCUUUCUGUUUAUGCUUGUCUAUUGUGUAAAUUUGGUGCGUUGAAGAGAAUAUUUCAGUGUUUGAAAUCUAUAAGAUAUUAUGCAGAGUCUAAAUGUACUGUUUAGGAAAAUGCUUUAAGCGCUUUUUAAUUCUUGAAUUUUUUUUUACUUUGAAGGAAAUAUGUGAAAAAUCUAGAAUUCUAAUACAUUAUUUUAAAUUUAUUUCAUUUUUUAAACAAAAAUCUAAGAAUACAGUUGAAAAAAGCCAGCCAUCAGAAUACCUCAUACAUUUUGGUUCCAUUCUAAAUACAUUUCAGCUUUGUUUAUUUUUAUUUUCUUUUUGUUUAAAGUUUGUUUUUUUUACUUCAUUUUUGGAUAUUUUCCAUCUAUUCCAUUCGCUUUUGUUUUCUCGGUGUGUGUCUGUUGCUAUAGAAACAGAGUUGCCAUAAAAUGGCCAUCUGCAGAUGUCGGUAUCAUUAUUGCCUUUAGUCAGAGGGGUUUAAAUGUUCUGUGCAGAGUUCACUAUUUAGCUGUGAAUUAUCUUACUCAGCCUUUGCUAGCCUUGAUGGGGCUAAGACUCUUCCAUUGUUUGAAAUUAAAAGUUUCUGAAAUGUUACUGAAAUAAAUAUUUCGAACUGA